AUGAUUUUAUUAAUUUUGGGGCUCCUAGCCGCCGUGAACGCUACUCCUGCAGUCGACAAGGAAUCCUACAAAGACCAAUACUGUACGGACCCCAGAACGAUGAGGAAGCAUGCAGCGUAUACCGAGUGGGCAGAUGCAUACUCGUGCACCAGGCAUAGAUGCCAACCAGGAGGACGGAACCUCGCCAUCUAUACAGUCGGAUGUAAGCGAGUCGAAGCCCCCGAGUCGGCGAUAGAAUGCGAAGAAGUCGUUGAAGAUACCAACAUGCAGUUCCCCUUCUGCUGCACGCGUCUCAGAUGCUUGGUGGUCGUUCGCGGAGAAGUAUGGACGAGGGUGCUGGGCCAACCUUGGGAAGUUCUUCCAGCAGCACCGUGGAGUCACAUGUACAAGAUGAAGAAACCACCGCCAGCUGACUCCACUUUCCUACCCAAGACGAACGAACAAGGUCCAGUCUACGAGCUGACGGAAAACGAAGACACCGGCGGUCAUGAUAAGAUCGCAUUAUCAACAAAUAACGAAAUGAAGGAACCUUUGCAAAAGAAAUAUGAAAACUCUAGGCGUUCUCAAUCUAAACAUGAAAACUCCAGACACAAGCGAGCUCGUAAGACUACCCCGUCGACUCCAGCUCAGUACUUUGAGGAGGAGCAAAGAGAGAACAAGGAGAGAGAGAAACGCAUAGAGCCUGAGAUACAGGAGGUUGAGGAAAUUCCUACGUCUACUGAUAAACCUCCUGAAAUGUCCGCGGAAAAAUUCUUCGCCAAUAAUUAUGCAGAUUCGCAGAAAACAUCGUCUAAAUAUGGUAGUCAAAAUCCAGUGUCUUGGACUGAGAUCCCUCAGAACCAGUGGAAUGAUCCGCAUGAAGGAUUGGAAUUAGAAAAUCGAGUUAGCGAACCACAAAUAUAUCAAGCGCAGGAUACUCAACCUCAAGAUAUGCCAGAACCGAAAGUACAAGGAAUUAAUGCUCUAAUGAGUGCUAAUGAGGAGAAACCAACUAAUUUGCAAGCGUUAGUAGAUGCAAUAGGCACAAGAAUGAGAGAUAUUGAGAGUGUUGUUCAAAAAAUGAGUGAGAAAGUCCAUCAAGUGAAACCGGGAGUUGAAAGUAGCGCUGAAAAAAGAAUAUCAGCUGAGCUGGAAGAAGCACAUAGACUUCAUAAGGAUCCGAAACGACCCAACGCAGAUGGUGACAACUACAGAAGCGAUGCUAGCAACAGUGUCUUAAGGAGAAGUGCCCAACCUAAGGAACCUCCGCCGACCUAUAUGGCACCGGUAGAAAAUCACAAGUCCAAAGUCCCAGUACAUAUCGCAGUCGUCUCAGACAACUUAGAAGAUACAGAAAAGAAGAAAAAGAAGCACUCGCACAAGAAAAGAAGGGGUAAAGGGUCACAUUCACACAAAAAACACCAUUCUAAAGACGAUAAAAGAAAACACUUUAACAGGUUUAGUUCGGGCGAAAUCGACAAGAAUGUAGUCUCUUUAGAAGAUAGUAGUGCGAUAACUAAAAAAUAG